AUGGUCUCUGAGGAGCUGUUCGAUCUUUGUCAGCCUGUCCUGCAAAACACCGACCUAGACGAUGAGGAGCAGACCGAGCAGCUGGAGGACCUCCUCCGCUCGAAUACUACAUUGACCGGAGCUUCCCUAGAAAAUGCGGUCCUCGAUAUCUUAUGGCGUCAGCGCAACCAGUCCAAACCCGAUGCGUCGCCGCCAACUCGACAUACCGUUAUUCGCCGGUCAUCCCCUGCACCAUGGCAAGUGCGCUCCGCAACGCCGAUAUCGUCUCCUUCAAUGACCGGUACCAGUCCAGCGGGCCCUUCUGGCUUUCAUCUGACUCGGGCUGGUCUUUCACGUGGCCCUCGUUCGUCGACCGCGUCUCCGUUCACCUCCCCUCGACCGUCUCCUCGUCUUGCCUUUGCGCAACCCAUACCACAUUCGCCGAACCUCAAUGCGUACGAGUUUUCUGAUCAGAACUCUCCGUCCUCGGAAUUGUAUGGUGACUUUGGCAGUGAGAGCAACGUCGAUUGGUUGGUUGCAGACGAUCAACUUAGUGUCACAUCAUCUAUUGGUGGGUUGAGCGCAUCAGCGCCGGAGUUUGUACCGGACAUGAGUCCGCAUGAUAUUCUUCGCUCUGUUUUGGGCGACAAGAAGACCAACGAUGAAAUCGAGGCCGCUUUGGAGGCCAACAGCUAUGACCUUGGCGCUACAAUUGCAGCGCUUUCGGAAGACCCGGGCAAAGAUGGCUCACAAAAAUCAGAUGAAGGUCGGGUACUCGUUGGGAAAUCAAUGACUGUAGAUCACAGCCGCCCUUCGACGCCUUCCAACCAAGCGCGCACCCCGGUGGUGUGCAAGUACUGGCUUUCUACAGGCACGUGCUUACGAGCAGACUGUCGUUUCAGCCAUGACUUGACGAAUCACAUUUGCAAGUACUGGAUGAUGGGCAAUUGUCUUGCGGGCGAUGGAUGCCCAUUCUCGCAUGAUCCUACUAGUCUAAUAGGCAACUUGAACCUCGCUGAUGGACCAAAUCAACAAUCAGCAGCGCAAGCAAGCUUUCAGUUGGACAACAAUCAGGAGGCAUUUCCAGCUUUGCAACCUGCUGGGACGGCUGGAGAACAGUGGUCAGCGCAAUACAUGCGCAAGUACGCAAAUCAUGUCCUGAUUACCAACCCAGCAGGCAACACAUCCCCCUUAGGAGUCGGAAGAAGGAAUGGUCCAAGCCGUCCCCAAUCUCGACCGACUAGUCGCCAUCAACAACGCGACUUGAAUCCAUCUCCUCUUUCGGUUGAUGACCCCGAAGCUUUCCCAGCUCUGUCAGCCAUGGCAGCAAAGGGAUCAGGCAAAAAACAUCAUGGCAAGCGAGGAGGACAUGGCAACAAGGAGACCGUUGCAAGCUCUCUGGCUGAUGUAGUGCGUAUCUCUUCACCUGGACCAGGCAAAGGAAAGAACGCGAAGGCUGGCAAAGAGAUAAAGACUCGAGAAUUAAGUGCCGCUGCGUUGGCUAUACCAGCGCCACAGAAUAUUCCUUGGCUUGAGACUGGACCUAGAGCCAAUCAGCAGUACAUAAAAUUUCGCACGGAUGCCAUUCGGCAUGGUACUGUGCGGAACAAGUUUUUACAGAGUGCCGCGCAAGCAUGGAACCGAAACGAUGCUCGAGCAGCCAAGGCAUUGUCACUGCGAGGACAAGCCGAAAAUGAAGCCAUGCGUAGGUGUCACCGAGAAGCGGCUCGACAGCUCUACGAAGAGCGCGAGCAGCAUCUUACCAGCACUGGCCUCGACGGUGCUGCCGAGGAGCUCUACGUCGACCUGCAUGGCCUUCACCCUGAAGAGGCCGUCAAAUACCUGGACAAGAUCCUUGUAAAGCAUUCAAAGGAAGACCGGAUUCUCUACGCCAUCACUGGGACAGGCCAUCAUUCCAAGAAUGGCAAAGAUAAAGUGGGGAAGGCAGUCAAAGUAUGGCUCAACGAGUUAAAGUACGUCUUCCGGGAGUUUAGCGUGCCUGGCGAACGCGGUGGCUAUGUAGGUGGUGUCUUAGGCAUUGAUCCCACCAUCUAUGACAAAGAGGCUGCCGCCAAAUGGCGUAGCGAGGUGGACAACAACCAGACCGAGACGAACGACAGUCAGCCUGUAUUGUCAAUGGGAAAGAUUCAGCUACUCAAACGCGACGACACCAAUGGCAAGUCGGCCAUCGUUUGA